GGCGGGUCUGUGGGAUCGCAAGGGGCGUGGAGACGGCGGCGGGACGCUCCAGGCGCUGAGUGGCGCGGUGGGGCCGGGAAGCGGGGCUUCUUGAGGGGCGUUCGCUCGUCCGCCACCCCAUCCCGGCCAAGGGCCCGCCGGGCGCGAGGACUGCGGACCAGGUGCUGACGACUGGCCGCAGGCCCCUGCUCCCUGCACAGAGGGCGCCCCGCCAUGGCCCAGCAGAGAGCCCUGCCGCAGAGCAAGGAGACGCUGCUGCAGUCUUACAACAAGCGCCUCAAAGACGACAUCAAGUCCAUCAUGGACAACUUCACCGAGAUCAUCAAGACCGCCAAGAUUGAGGAUGAGACACAGGUGUCCAGGGCCACUCAGGGCGAGCAGGACAAUUACGAGAUGCAUGUGCGAGCCGCCAACAUCGUGCGAGCCGGAGAGUCCUUGAUGAAGCUGGUGUCCGACCUCAAGCAGUUCCUCAUCCUGAAUGACUUCCCGUCCGUGAACGAGGCCAUUGACCAGCGCAACCAGCAGCUGCGAGCCCUGCAGGAGGAGUGUGACCGAAAGCUCAUCACCCUGCGCGACGAGGUCUCCAUCGACCUGUACGAGCUGGAGGAGGAGUAUUACUCGUCCAGCUCCAGUCUUUGCGAAGCUAAUGAUCUGCCUCUGUGUGAAGCUUACUGGAGGCUGGACCUCGACACAGACACUGCUGAUGGCCUCCCGGCCCCUCUGCUGGCGUCCCCGGAGCCCAGUGCUGGCUCCCUGCAGGCCGCUGCCCCUGCCCACUCCCACGCUAGCGGCCCCGGCCCCACAGAGCAUGCCUGAGCCUCUGGCUCCCUCCGCAGGCCCCUAGGGUCUUAGGAACGAGAC